AAUUACACUGACCAGUGCAGUACUGAACUACCCACUGGCUACAGCUCAUUUUUCACUUCAAUUAUUUACUUCUCUGCUUAAUAAUCUCAUCACCAACCUAAACAAGAAUCUAUGCUCUCAUUUUCUUAUUAUUGGCACCGACAAAUUAACAUUUGCCUUUGAAAAAAAGGGAAAGAAAAAGAAAAAGAAAAAGACUGAGACUUUACAGUUUAUAGUUUGAAAAUGCAAGUGCUUAACUUGGCUCCAUAGUUUUGCUUCUCUUUUUCAAGAUUUCUUUUAUUAUUUUUCAUUCUUGCACUUGAAUCCCAUUUCUUGUUUGUUGGUGUUCUGUAAUAACAUUUUGAAAUGGUGAAGUAUAGAAAUCUGUGGUGUUUCUUGGUAGUGGUUGAGUUGUUAGUGAGUUGCAUUAAUGGAGAAGACCCUUAUAGAUUCUAUUCUUGGAAUGUCACUUAUGGUGAUAUUUACCCACUUGGUGUAAAGCAACAGGGAAUAUUAAUAAAUGGACAGUUUCCAGGGCCACAGAUUGACUCUGUCACCAAUGAUAAUUUGAUUAUCAAUGUUUUCAAUAGCUUGGAUGAGCCUUUCCUUAUUUCUUGGAAUGGUGUGCAGCAGAGAAGGAACUCGUGGCAAGAUGGAGUUUACGGCACAAAUUGCCCUAUUCCGCCUGGACAGAACCUUACUUAUGUGCUCCAAGUGAAGGAUCAGAUUGGCAGUUAUUUCUACUUCCCUUCACUCGGCAUGCACAAGGCUGCAGGAGGCUAUGGUGGCUUCAAAAUCGCAAGCCGUUCUGUCAUUCCUGUUCCGUUCUCUCCUCCGGCUGGCGAUUUCACCAUUCUUGCAGGUGAUUGGUUCAAGAAGAAUCACACUGAUUUGAAAGCAAUUUUGGAUGGCGGCAGUGAUCUUCCUUUCCCUGACGGGCUGCUUAUUAAUGGCCGUGGGGCAAAUGGGUACACGUUUACAGUGGAUCAAGGCAAGACUUACAGGUUCCGGAUUUCUAAUGUGGGACUUACGACUUCUAUAAAUUUCAGAAUCCAAGGGCAUAAGAUGUUACUGGUAGAAGUUGAAGGAACUCACACACUUCAGAACACUUAUGAUUCCCUCGAUAUCCAUUUGGGGCAAUCUUAUUCCGUAUUGGUUACAGCUGAUCAACCAGCACAAGAUUAUUACAUAGCUGUCUCGACACGGUUUACCUCCCAAGUGCUCUCAACAACCUCCAUUCUUCAUUACAGUAAUUCUGCAGGAAGUGUUUCAGGUCCUCCUCCUGGUGGGCCAACUAUUCAAAUCGACUGGUCUCUUGAGCAAGCACGAUCUGUCAGGCGAAAUCUAAGUGCAAGUGGCCCAAGACCUAACCCCCAAGGGUCUUACCAUUAUGGAUUGAUUAAUACAACUCGAACAAUUAGAUUACAAAAUUCUGCUCCAGUGAUUAAUGGCAAGCAGAGAUAUGCUGUCAAUAGUGUAUCAUUCAUCCCUGCCGACACUCCUCUUAAACUUGCGGAUCAUUUCAAUAUACCUGGAGUUUUCUCCCUUGGAAGUAUUUCUGACAACCCCACUGGCGGCGGUGCCUACCUCCAGACUUCUGUCAUGGCUGCUGAUUUCAGAGGUUUUGCUGAGGUUGUUUUUGAGAAUCCAGAAGACACUCUGCAGUCAUGGCAUGUUGACGGCCACAUCUUAUUUGUCGUAGGGAUGGAUGGUGGGCAAUGGUCACCAGCCAGCAGAUUAAUUUACAAUUUAAGAGACACAAUUUCUCGUUCCACUGUUCAGGUAUAUCCCAAGUCAUGGACUGCAGUUUACGUGCCUUUGGACAAUGUUGGAAUGUGGAAUGUAAGGUCUGAAAACUGGGCUCAACAAUAUUUAGGACAGCAAUUCUAUCUUCGAGUGUAUUCGCCAGCAAAUUCAUGGAGAGAUGAGUAUCCGAUCCCAUCAAAUGCUCGUCGUUGUGGUAAAGCAGUAGGUUUUUGAUUUGAUUGAUACAAACAGUGUCAUGAAAGGUUGACAUGUUCUUAGAGAUCUAGGAGUGCGGAUUCGUGUUGAAAAAGGGCUCGACUCGAGCCUAUUUCACGCUAUGUGUGGCAUGAGUUCUCUGUUACUGUCAGACUCUUAAUUUUAACAGUUUUAGCUAGAUUGUUUAGUUAUCAUAUUACAUAUGGAAUUUGGUAUUUAUUCAAUGUAUGAUUCAAAAUUGUUAGCCUAUGAAUAUUAGCAUUUUCUUGUUA